AUGUCUACGGACACUUCGAACAACGAGGGUGUGGAGCUAGCCUCAAGGCACAUUGCGGGGCAAGCUGCGCAGAUGUUGCUCCGCGCUGCAAGCGAUGAGCUCCCAGCGCCGCCCGUGCGUAGAAGGACCACUCUUGCAGGGUUGAGGCGGGACUUACACAAGCUGGAAGCAGAGCAACCAAUGUGGCGACGCCAAGCAACCCGGGCUUUGUUGCUUUACACUGUUGCGCGGAUGGUUGCCAACUUUGCCAUGCCUGCGUUGGUUCGCUUUGCCAGAUCUGCUGAGACAUACUUUUCGGUAUACGGUGACUUCCAGGUUGCCUGCGAUGCGAUUCUGAGACCCUUGGUAACAGGCCUUGGGCUAUAUGUGUUUGUCCACAGGAUGGAUCGUUUCUCUAUCAAAAACAAGCUUCAUGUUUGGAGUUUGCUCACAAUCUGCUGCCUCGCGCUACCCGCGUGUGACGAGAGCAUUGAGCAACUGCAACGGAAUAUGGGAUACUAUUUCUUUCCGAACGUUUGCAUGGCUUUGUGGCAGGUCUUGUGCAACGUCCUACAGGUGUACAUGACGUCUCUCAAGCUGCAAGCCCUCGGUUGGUCUCGGGUAGCCAGGUGCAGUAAUGCGUUGGCGGCGCUUGGCGUUGGAUUGCUUAUGGUCUCUUUGUUCCUCUUUUGGCUGGAGCGGCUACCUAUAAUGCCGGAAUUCGCUGUUGAUCUAGUGCGAAAAAGCUGCUUUUGGGUUUGCCUUCGCUGCAGCUUUGUCGUUUUGAGCUGUCAGUGCUAUGCGUUAUGUCGUGCGGCGGGCAGAGCUAUGACGCAAGCAGCAGGGAACGAUGCUAUCAAGUGGACGGCAGCCCUCCUCUAUGCAAAUUGCUGCCUAGUGCUUCUAGGCCCUUUCUUGAGCUUCAGCAGCCUGUACGUCUAUUCAAUGCAUGUGUUUGAGAAGCUACCCAGGCUACUGGUGACCCUUGACGUCUCUUUCCAGGUCUGCAAUGUGGUCUUUCUCAGUGGCAUGGUGGGCACGAUGCCCAUGAAUCUGGAGGCUUUCCAGAGACUUGCAGAGUUGUCAGGAUUUGGUUUGGCUUCCGCGCGUGUGGCAUUUCCAGGGCACAUCAGCCACAGUGCCCGGGACUGCAUCGUCUCCUUCCCGGGAAAAUACAGCGAGUCUUGGGACAAGGCAGUCUCCAGCGUAACGCAAAAGGACAUGUUUUCACUCGCCUGCGUUUUCUUAACGGACGCCGCCUCUGGUCUUGGUCAGCACGCUUACACCUCGGAGACACGGGGCCACUGCUGGUGCCAUCAAAUCUAUGGCCAGGUGCCCGCAACCACGUACCUCAGCGUGGUAGAGAUGGGUAGUGACGAUCAGCAGAACAGCCAGCAGACCCUUUCUUUCAAAAAAGCGGAUGCAGAUGCUAUGGGCCAAAGACUACUCGUCAGAGAGGACCAGGGAGACCUGGAAUGGGAGCAGGAGUGCGCAGAAGCCCUGCUAGAUGCCGAGGCCCGCUGCGCUGAGAACCAGUACCGGGCUCCCUGGGGAUGCCAGUGGUUUGAAGCGUGGAAGAAGAACGUUGACAGAGCCAGGGAACAAGGGCAAGUGCUUCAUGUCUUUUACUUCAAGGACAGCAAAGGCAAAGGCAAGAUGUCUUGGGAGCAGCUUUGCGACGAGAAGGCCAAGCAGGAUGCUCGAAAGGACAGCGGCUUGGGCGUGUCCCAGACAGCAGAGGUAGCCUAUCUCGACAAGAUUGGACUGCGCUACGAGGAGCACGGCAUCGAGGAGUUCGAAGCGUUCCUGAGGUCGACUUCUGUACCCGCUGCCACAAGCGGUACCAACAGCUCUUUGCUGGCCGCCAGCUGCCUUCACUUUCUGGCCUUGGUGGAAAUCUUUGCCUUCCAGUGGCCUCAUCAGAUGUUCCAGGAGCUCGUGCGCGCAACCGCCGACGUGGCCAACGCCAAGGUGGUGCAUGUUGAGGACGGUUUCGGCGCAGACCUCAGCGCCGACCUCGUCUUCUGGCGCAUCAUUGCCUUUCUGCAGCUCCUGCGCAGCGCCAACGAGCGCCCCUCACAGGAGACGCGCUUUGGGGAGCUGAUGCCCCGCGGCCCCCGACUAAAGGAGGGUGAGUUUGUCUUGGGCGGCAUCGGCAAGUGCGAUGCAGAGGCCGAGUACCGCCGAUGGCGCGAGCAAGGGCCGAGCGCCACCAAAGCAUUGGCCGCAGUGCUCGAAGAUGAUGGCUUUGAGGUCACGGCCUCAUUCGCCCUCUUCCUCGCGCAUGUGGACUUGGUACCCCUCGGCUUUCGGCAGCGCUGCUUGCAGUCCGACAUGGCGGACAUGGUGAGCAGGGCCCGCCUCUUUCGGCGGCGGGUGGAACCGCUCCUGGUGCGCGUCCCGCGCAGCCCAAGAUCGGAGUUGCGGACCGCUGCUGUGCGUCAACUUGCCGAUGCCGCAGCCCCACGCAAGCUGCUGGCAAAGUUCACCGGCGAGAGGGGCUCGGGGCCUGGCGUGGCAAAGGAGUUCUUAGCCCUCGCGAUGGAGGCCGUGCUCUCCGCAAAGACCGGCGAGGGUUACGAGGAGGGUGAGCCAGCCUUCGUCUACGACGCCGACUCCAGGACCUACUGGUUUUCUGAAGCUGCCACCUCCGUCCCCGAGCUCUUUCAGACGGCAGGGGUGCUACUCGCACAGGCGCUCCUGAUCGGGACGCAACUUCAAGUCAAUCUGCCGCCUCUCUUCUACAGCUUACUUCUGCGAGAGCUAGGCGCGGCCGUGCCCGAGCUGGGACUGGCUGACCUGGCUGCUCUCAAGCCGAGCCUGGCCAAGGGGCUUCAGGAGCUCAUCGACUACGAGGGCGCCGACGUGGCUGAGGUCUUUCCCCUGGACUGGCCACGCAGCCAUGAGCUGACCAGCCAGAACCGCGCAGAGUACGUCAAAGACUACGUACAGUGGUUCAUGCAGGAGCGCUUCCAAGCGCAGAUGACGCCCCUCGCCAAAGCAUUCUGCGGCGUCCUUGGCCGAAGCCACUUCCUGAAGGAGGAGUUGGAUGACGUGCAGAUGUUGAAGCAGCGCUUGCAGAAGUUCUGCGGGGUUUCCCGGUUCAGGCAAAGGAUCCUGAACCAGCAGUCAAUCUUAGCAGAUGACGCCAAGCUGGCAGAUGACGCACAGCUGGACCUGCCCCUCCAUCUACAGUUGGUCCUCCUUCCCUUUUGCGACACCUCCACGGAGCAGAGGGAUGAGCUCUUCCUCGCAGUCCAGGGCGAGUCCACUGGCAUGGUGGAAGUGCUCCUUCAGCGGCCCCAGGAUCCGAAUUUACUGGACGCUUUUGGCCGAAGUGCCCUCUUCGAAGCAGCUCGAACUGAGAAUGUGCACAUUGCUGGCUUGCUGCUCGAGGCAGGCUGUGACCCGAACGGUCCGUGUGUCUCCGAAAUCGCGCGCGGGGGCCAGGUCCCGAACGACCAAACGCCGCUAGUGUACUCAGCCGCCCACGGGAGUGCAGACAUGGUGCGGCUCCUGCUCACGGCGAACGCCGACCCGGACUGUGCCAGCACGAAGACUGGCUCGAGGUCCAUUCACCAAGUGCUCUAUUCCCAGGAUGAGACGAAUGGCUGGCCCCUGUGGAAGGAUUGGGAGCUCGUGGAGAGCAAGCUUGGCCUGCUCCUGGACUUCAGGGCGAACGUGGACGCUCCGGACCGGCACGGCCGAACUCCACUCCAUCUGGCCUGCUGUAUAGAGGCUCCAUGCAGGAGCCACCUUGUGGAGUUGCUGCUGGCUGCCAAAGCGAACACCAACUUAGCGGAUGACGAUCAGAGCACACCGCUGCAUUGCGCUUGCGAGCGGGGCUGCGUGGACACUGUCCGCUGUUUGUUGCAAAACGGGGCCCGCUGCACGCUCAAAGAUUGCUUCGGCAGGACGGCGCUGCAUGCGGUGUUUGCGAGCCUCGAAGCAGUACCUUACAGCCGGGCCGUGGACCUUCUGCGGCUUCUGCUCAAGGCGAAAGCGAACCAGGACGCAGUGGACGACCAAUGCGGCACGGCGCUGCACUAUGCGUUGACAUCGAAGGACGGCGCGCCUUUGCUGGUACGAUGCCUACUGGAUGCGGGUGCUCGCAUGGAGGUGGCCGACAAGAACGGGCUUACGGCCCUGCAGUGCGCGCUGCAGCAAACUACCAGCACCCGGUCAAGCGGACUGAGGACUCUCUUCCAGUCUCUGCCCAGGCCUUCCACGCGUUGGCCAAGAUUGGGGGGACAGUAG